GAGGGCGAUAGUCAGAAGCCAGGCAAUGGAGAAUUUUGUUGGUCUGGAAGUGUUGUAUGCUGCUUCAAAUAUACGCUCAAAAUAUGAUGCAACGGUUUGUUUCUUGCAUUGGUGUAUGCUCCAAAAUGAGUGCAAGUGUAAAGGAUUAGUUAAAGAAAAUGUUGAGAGAAAGCUUAGUGAAUUGUUACCAGCUGAGUGGAAUAAGGACAAUGAUUUAUAUUCUUUAAUGUAUCAGAGAACAAACGAUGAGGUUUUCACACUGAAAAUUUUGCGUGUGGAAGAUACACUUUUGGUGAACACACAGAGAAUGAAAGAUGAUAAAGUUAGCAGUUGCACAGUUGAAACUAGUGAUUUUGUUAAUGAAAGUAGUGGCUGGUGUUAUGAUAGUACGUACAAAAACUUACACAAACUUCGAAAACAGUUUGAGAAUAGUUUGAAAGAGAUUUUCAGCAAAGACAAAUCAAAUGUGAAAGUUAGCACUAAUUUGAGGGAAGAAUCAGAAUACAGAAAAACAAGAGAUCAAGCAAGGGCCAUGCAUUGGCAUGACCCAUCACCUCAUUUUCAACAUGAUCCAUUUUCUGUUGGAGCGUCAGAUUUGGAUCCAUUUUCAAGCAGUUCAUCUGGGAUGUUUAUGGACCCUACAAGGAGCGGCUUAGGAAUAAAUCCUCUACCAAACAGAAUGCCAAGGGGAUCUGGAAUUCCUGGGGCAAGAUUUGAUCCAGUUGGGCCGGCAAUGAAUUUCCAAACACCAAAUCCUGAUCACUUACCACCUCCUGGAUUUGAUGAUAUGUACACAUAAAUCAUCUUCUUUAUAGCUAAUAAGUAGCGGUUGUUGAAAUAUUCAAAUUCAUCUAGAAUAUAUAGUGAAGAAGACAUUUUGUGUGUUUUGUUAAUAGACAUAAUCUAAAGCUCAAUCAUUACUGUCAAAUUUUAUUUGACGAGUUUGUAUAUAUUUGCCCAUAUAUGGGCAUGAUUGUCAUAUUACAUCCAUAUAUUGGUAUGAUGAUGUAAUAAUAAUAUAAAUAUAAUAAUAAUAAUAAUUAUAGUCAGGUUUUGAGUUCACUAUAGGAAAUUGAAACCGAAGGAGCCAUUAUUUUUUGAAAAAAUUACCUGAAGCCUGCAGGGCUGGAGGCAAUUUUUGAAGGAAAUAAUGGUUCCUAAGGUUUCUAUUUCCUAUAGUGAACAAGAUUACAGGCUUCUAUUUCCUAUAGUGAACGAAAUUACUUGACUGUAAUUGCUUUAUAGGUCAGUUGUGACGUCCUUCACCUUUUCUAUGGCCUUUUAUAAUCAAACUGCUGGUUGUAGAGCGGUUGCUAUAGGCCCUAUAUCAUAAAUCCAUCAGUACUGGUUGCCAUGUGAACCAUGACCGGUUGUUUACUGAUUACUGUGCGUGUAUUAGAAUGAUUUGUUAGUAGUACGCGCACUGACUCUUGACACAGAGCUCUUCGUAAUGCAAAGAUGAAUGAAUUGAGUUAAUAAAGUUUAUUAGGCGUUAUUAAAUAGGCCUAACCUCUUAGUAGACAUUUGUUUAAUAGAUUGAAAUGUAUUUUAAACAUUAUUAUGAAUUAUUUCAGCAUUGUCUUAUUUUUUCAGUUCUUUUAUAAGUCAAUCUCCAUGUUAUCUUAGAACCAUUGUGACUUUCUAGGCCAUGCCUAGGACAGUCUAGGCUUUAUUCUUGUUCAUUAGCGCCGUAGAGCGAGAUUUGCUAAAUUCGCUGUGUGUGUUCAUCUUAGUCUAGCAACAAAUUUGUGUUGUAACUGUAGUAAAAUUAUCCCAGCUUUGCACUUUUUUGCACACUAGGUACAAAAAAUCAGAUGCAUUAUAUCGAAUAGUGAUCAGUCGGGAAUAGGAAAAUUCAGUGCAAAUAAAAGUGAUGACGUCACCACUGACUUAUAAAAGAUAUUAGAUUACUGUAUUAUUAUUGUCAUACACAUAUAUGGGCAAAUAACAUGUAUUAGAGUUUCAUAGCUAACCAAUAUAAUAUACAGUUCACUAUGAGAAUUAAUGAUUGAUUGAUUAAUUAACAAUUAAAUACAUUCUUCUUGAAUUUCAAAGAUGUUAUUUGAAUUUUGACAUUUACGAAUUGUUAUGGGUUUUUUAUGCUUGCCCAAUGUGCUCUUGUUCCUAAAACCUAACAGUCUAUCAUACUGAUUAUUCUCAAUAGCAGAUUCACAAAGUAUAGGCUGUUUUCGACUGGUUCGUUUGGUUGACAACGGAAAUUAACUUAGACCCUAGAGUGUUAAUUUGCAGUUAUUCAUGUGGCCAAAACAAACAUGGUUGUCUGGUCAUCUUUGUUAAGUAGGAUUUUACCAUUCCGCAGACAGGCAUGAUUUAAUGACGAACAACCAGUCACACCUUAUUUUGUCACUUUUAGGAUUUCAUUUGUCUGUAUUUACAACAGUAAUACCAAAAUGUUUUAACAAAUUCAUUCAUUUAGUGAUAAAAAAUCUUGGUGUGGUUCAAAUGUUUAUAAUAAUAUGAGAUAGUUCUCCAGAGAUGUCACAAAGAGCUGCAUAGGCAGGUACAUCAUUUUGGUUUAAUCUUAAUUUUUGGUCAUCUUGAGGCAUAACAAUUUAAGCCUCCUUCCAUCCUGUAAUCGUCAAGUGUACUUGCUGUUCAAUGCGAAAGAAGCACAUUUUUUUUUAAUGCAAUAUAUUUAUAAAAGCAUGUGAACAUUUUGUAAAUACCGGUAGACACACAUUUAUGUAAAACUACAGUAUAGUAAACUAUAUUUCAAUAUAAUACUGAAUGCAAGAUCAUAAAGGAGAGAAUAUAGAACAGGAAUAAAGAAUAUAUCGCAGGGGCCAAAAUUGUUCAUUGAAUAAAUUUCAAGGGCCAGGACAAAAGGUGUACUGUAUGCAGCAUCCCAGUGCUGUGGGUGCGAGCAGGGGAAGGCAAUUUUUGAAGGAAAUAAUGUUUCCUAAGGUUUCUAUUUCCUAUAGUGAUUGAAAUUACUUGACUGUAAUUGCUUUAUAGGUCAGUUGUGAUGUCCGUCACCUUUCCCCUCUCAAAUUAGGAAUUUUUUUUAAAGUAAUGUUGCUAGGUGCUCAUACAUGGCAUCUUGACCUAAGAAAGUUACUUAUUGUGUUUGUUAAUGCAAACAUCAUCAGUAACACAAACACUUUUAAUCACAUAUGAAUGACAUAGGCCCUAUGUCAUCUUACAUUGUUACAAUCAUGAUCUUGCCUGCUUAGUGACUGAAAUUGGCCUUUGAUGCUUGUGCCAGUUGUUUAAAGUGUGGUUUUAGUUCAGUUGUGGUCAGAAAUGUAGUAUUUUUGUUUCCAGGAAAUAUUAUUUUCGACUUGUUCUCACGGGCCGCAUAUCACGCAUUCGCAGGCCAGACAUGGCCCACAGGCUGCUAGUUGAGAACCCCUGAUAUAGAACAUUGAGUAAAUAAGAAAAUACAGAAAUAGGAAUGCUGUUGGCAUAGCGGUUUAAGGUGUAUGGCCUCAACCAAGAAGUGAUAUACAAACUUUUCUGUGCUUUUUGCUUGUGUCUGUGGUCAACGGCAAUUUACCUACUUUUGUCUCUCUCCACCCAUUAGUAUAGAUUGGGUACCUGGUAUAAUGUUGUGACAUGAUAAUUAUGUAGCAUGUGCAUAUUAAAUUACAGCACAGAUUGGUUGAUCUAUGGAUCCAAUGACCAAGGAGGGUCUAAACAUAACCAGUGACUUGUAUAAUAUUCCUAUAUUAUUAUUAUGACAUUCUAUGCUACAUCGUGUUGUUGCUUUCAUGAUUAUUCUAUGAUUUUAAUUAAAAAAAGGAUUGAUACAAUAA